AUGCGUCUUUUAUUAGUGCUACUCGUUCUCGGGGCACUAGCAGCUGCUGAGCUAACUGGGCACGAUAUUGUGCGACAUGGUGGUGCAAUCCUUAGGGCGCUUAAAAUGCGUCUUUUAUUAGUGCUACUCGUUCUCGGGGCACUAGCUGCUGCUGAGCUAACUGGGCACGAUAUUGUGCGACAUGUAAUCAAAUCAUGGAAUCCAAAUCGACGAAUAAAGACUGUGCAGGAGGAUGAAGGUCAUACGUCUCUUUCAGCAGCUACCGACAGACAUGUACGCUCGAAAAGAUCUGUGGCAGCUAGCAGUUACAUAUCCGCUAGCAAAUCAUGCAACAUGCCUGGCUACACCGGAGAAUUUUGCGAAUUUCGUAUGUUUGACAAUUAA